AUGAAGAGUCCCGAGAAGGCAAAAGUUAAUCGGCGGAUAUGGGAAUGCAAGCGAAAGAUCCGUUCCGGUAAUCAGUGGUUUCUCCCCAAUUUAUUUUUUAACAUAGAACUAUCCGAUAAACCAGAAUCUUGGAAGGCCUGUAAUUACGCCAAUUCCAUCGAUUUAUUCUUAAGAAGUUCUCACGACAGCUGUGAGCGAAUCGACUCCCGAACAGUCUCCUACGAAGAUUUUUUUGAAAGGUUUGAGAAGCCAAGCAUCCCAGUCAUUAUUCAGAACGACCAACUGUCAUGGCCUGCUUCCAACAAGUGGACCUUGAAGGUAGUGCUUAGAUCUACUUUCACUGAACCGCGUUUGUAGCGUUUGGCAAAACGCUUUAGGAACCAAAAAUUUAAAUGCGGCGACGAUGAUGACGGUCACAGUGUUAGGAUCAAGAUGAAGUAUUUUGUGGAAUACAUGCAAAAUAACAAUGACGACAGUCCUUUGUACAUAUUUGAUGGAAGUUUUGGAGAGGUGAGUUUUAAGUAGAUCUCUCCUGAACCCAGAAUUCAUCUCUAGCAUCGAAAACUGAGGAAGCUCCUUUCUGAGUACUCGGUCAGCAAGUUCUUUCCUGAAGAUUUAUUUAGUAUUGGCAAAGAUGGCAACCGACCCCCAUACAGGUAGCUCAGUCGCUUUAAUGUUUGUCAAAUUACAGAUGGUUCUGCAUGGGACCUGCACGUUCAGGCACGCUAAUCCACGUAGAUCCGCUGGCAACAAGCGCUUGGAACGCCCUUCUUAGAGGCUACAAGAGGUUAGCAUCUAGUUAGCGUCUGCACACCACUGCCUCUUCGAAAUACUUAUUUGUAUACUAGUAAUUAAGUAGUACCAACUACUUCUUACUACUUCCUUACUGGCCACUUAAAUACAAGUCAAAUUAGACCCACUAUUGCGGUAAUGACUCACAAAAAUUCUGGUAAAUAACUCUUACGUACCUGCACUUGGUUCGACGGCAUGCAUGCAUGAUCUAGCCAUUUUCGAUAAUGUUGCGGACACUAUUCCAACACGUGACGGUCAAUGGUAUCGGAUCUGCAGACCUUGGCCCACUCUUCUCAGACAACGGGAUCCAAACACAGAUGGUUUGAGGGUCACUUCCUUGUCUUGACGGACUGUGUUAGCCCAUGUUUAGAUUUGACCACCACUUCGCCGGCUCCAGAUAGGUAACGAAGUUGGAUCAAGGACAGUUAUGCUAAACUCGUUGGUGAAUGGCAAAGGACAUGCCCGAGACACCUGCACGAGUUUGUCAUAGCGAGUGCGGACUGGGUCAUUUGAAACGACGUUGUUGCGCCUCACUCGAGAGAUGCUAUUCGGACGACGCAAGUAUAACCCCUGCAGUUUUCGCCCGUUUUGCACGCGUGCAAAUCAUAUAGGAGGACUGAUCAGCCAAAUGACGAGUACAUUCGGAUUUUUAUAGCGAUCGAGAUAUCACGUCACGUCCCGAGAUACUUUAUAAGGCCUGCGUAAACCUUGUGGACGGCAUCCACUGGGGUUGAUGAUCGCGCCCCACCCCGAGCUCAGGCCGUGCUGAUGCUCUCUUUUUUGCGCUUGCCGUUAAAAAGUGGGAAAGAUUGAAGAGGACAUCUGCGAGAGGCAUUGCGGUACUGGUUUAUUUUGCGAUAUUUCUUGCACACUGAUCUGCUGCCCAGUCGGUCGAAGGGUUUCAUCAGAGAUUAUAUCCAUUCUUUGGCGCCUGCAACGGCCUCUAUCCUUCCGUGUACUCCCGCCUUCAUGACUCCUGGAACUACUGAAUUUAAUCUUCAACUUUGACCCCAGCUGAAAAUGAUAUUCAAUGUCGACGAGGGAGCAUUUGGUUGGUCGAUCUUGUUCCUCCCUGAUGCUUUUGCGAAUUUCGAAUCCGCGGAUCUCUGUGUCUGUGUCCUGUGGCAAGGGGCUUUUCAAAAUUUUGCCCACACUUUCUAGUUCACACGAAGUUGAGGCUCCACUUCCACAACCGAAGUUUUAGAGAGCUAGUCCCUAUCCCCCUCUCCCUGCUCCCUAGGAGCGUCAUUUCCCGUUGUUUAAAUCGGUUGUCUAUAUUGUCAGGAUUUCCUUACACUAGUUUAUCUACUCUUGGACAACUCCGCUUUCGGUCUUGAGAUCAUGUGUUUUUAGCCACACCUAGUUGACCGCUUCUUCGUCGUUCACUCUAGCAAUGGGAGUGCUGUACCCAAAUUAUUUUAAAUCUCCUGUGACUUAUUUUUCGUCUCCUAGGUGGUGCUUCUUCCCUCCUCAGACACCCAAGGAUCUUAUAACUCCACGACCGAGGGAAGGUGGCAAGAACCACAAUGAGGCAAUCACUUGGUUCAUCUAUGUCUACCCGCGGACACUGGCAGCUGAUUGGCCGGCUGCCUACAAGCCGCUUGAAGUAAUCCAAGCUCCGGGAGAGACCGUUUUCGUGCCGUUCGGCUGGUGGCAUGUGGUCAUCAAUCUCACGGAUACCAUAGCGGUAACUCAAAAUUUCUGUAGGUAUGUAUCCUGGAGUACUGACGAAGACAAGGGGGUGGGGUGACCAUUUCGGGCUUGUUGGCUAUCACCAGUCAGCCAUGCUUAGUCCCAGGUUUACAGGACUCGGGAUUCGGACCCGGAUUCUUUGGCCACAGAGCAUUGUUAGAUCCAACGCUCUACCAUUGUACCACGGCCCGAUUGUCUCAUAGGUUAUGAUCGGGAAUGUUAACUGUAGUGGGGGUGGGGUGGGGUCGAUGAUCGAUCAGGUUAUGAGAUAUGCUCGUCCCGUCGCGCCUUCAGGCUCAUUCUAGAGCCCUCACCGGCAGUUGCGGAGCCAUCAGUUGGAACGGGACGAUUAUGUUCCUAACCGGAUCAGUGUGCGCACUUCCCGCAACAACUGCCUUUAUAUAGGUGUUUCCAGGCAUGGGGGCAGUAAACCACUGACUCUGUCUGGUUGUUUCAGCCUCCAUUCAGUGAACUGGUCACCUAAUCAGUGUCUGUAGCCGGGGAGGAUAGCAAAAAUGCACACAGCUGGUUCACGGAUGGUGCCUGCCCGAUUGACCGGCGACACUGUUGAACCGGUGUCUUAGGAUCCCUCUGCCUAGCAAUCUUUAAAAGGAUAGGUAUCUAAAGACGUAAUUCCUUAGCUUGCCUUUUAUAUACGCUGAGCCCUACUGGAAUUCCGUGUUAGUCCUACUUUUGCGUCUACGCAGAACUUGCGGACUAGGCGUUAAGUCUGCAUUCCAUGUUGCCCUUUGCUCCUAGUACCGUCAACUUUCCCUUCGUGUGGCACAAAACUCAGCGCAAGCGACCGAAGUUCGCUCAGCGUUGGCUUCGUGCCCUUCGUCUACAGAGACCCGAAUUGGCGCUCAUUGCUGAUAAAAUGAACACCGCUCAGCCCCUGCCAAAUGCCCCUGCGUCAUCCUCCUCCUCCUCCUCCUCGUCCUCUUCAUCGUCUUCCUCUUCCAGUUCGAGCAGCAGUUCUGAAGAGGACUCAGACACAGAAAGGUCCCCCAAGUGAGUUUUGAUGUCCUCUACCAUUAUAUAUAUAUAAAUUUGAAAACCGACAAAGGCAAGGGAGACCGGAAUGUCCAUUUCUGGCUUAUUAGCCGUCAUCAGCCAGUCAUACCCAAUCCCAAGUGUGAACCACCUGGGAUUCGAACCCGGGAUCUUUGGUCAUUGAGUCGGACGCUCUACCAAUGAGCUACAGACUCGUGUCCUGUCAGUUGUGAUCGGGAAUAUUCAUUGUGGUGAAGUGGAGUUCACUUAUCAAGUUACGGGACAUGAUCGUCCCUUUGUGCCUUGGGGCUCAAUCUCGAACCCUCGCAGGCAGUCGCAUAGCGACUAGUUGCGUAUGCACAUGGUGGAAUACCGACAAGGGGAGACCGGAAUGGCCAUUUCCGGCUUAUUGGCCGUCAUCAGCCAGUCAUACGCAAUCCCAAGUGUGAACCACCCAGGGUUUUCCAGCUUACUUUGGGCAACCUUUGGUUACUGUUAUUCUUCUACUGUUUUGCUUUGUGCCAAACCCCUAGGAUCCUGACAGAUCUAUCUAGAAAAUCUCCCAGAGUGAAAGUACCACUUCUUCCUGAUUCUCCUCUGUUAGAUUAUCACCUUAUCUUUUCCAUUUUUUUAGGCGGCGCUUCUCGACCUCACAGGAAUCACCGCCCCAACCCAAACGAUCACGUCAGUAG